AUGGGCUGGAGGGGGACCGAUUCAAGGGCUCGUAGCACUGACAGCCUGGAUGGUCCAGGGGAGGGCUCGGUGCAGCCCCUGCCGCCCGCUGGGGGACCCAGUGUGAAGGGGAAGCCUGGGAAGAGGCUCUCGGCUCCUCGAGGUCCCUUUCCCCGGCUGGCAGACUGUGCCCAUUUCCACUACGAGAACGUUGACUUCGGCCACAUUCAGCUCCUGUUGUCUCCAGAGCGUGAAAGUCCGAGCGUCUCUGGAGAGAAUGAACUGGUGUUCGGGGUGCAGGUGACCUGUCAGGGCCGUUCCUGGCCAGUUCUCCGCAGUUAUGAUGACUUCCGUUCCUUGGAUGCCCACCUCCACCGAUGCAUAUUUGACCGGAGGUUUUCCUGCCUCCCAGAGCUUCCUCCACCCCCAGAGGGCGCCAGGGCUGCCCAGAUGCUGGUGCCGCUGCUGCUGCAGUACCUGGAAACCCUGUCAGGGCUGGUGGACAGUAACCUCAACUGUGGGCCGGUGCUUACCUGGAUGGAGCUGGACAACCAUGGCCGGCGACUGCUCCUCAGUGAGGAGGCCUCACUCAAUAUCCCUGCAGUGGCCGCUGCCCAUGUGGUAAAGCGGUACACGGCCCAGGCACCUGACGAGCUGUCCUUCGAGGUAGGAGACAUUGUUUCCGUGAUUGACAUGCCACCCACGGAGGAUCGGAGCUGGUGGCGGGGCAAGCGGGGCUUCCAGGUCGGUUUCUUCCCCAGCGAGUGUGUGGAACUAUUCACGGAGCGGCCGGGUCCAGGACUAAAGGGGGAUGCCGAUGGUCCCUCAUGUGGUGUCCUGGCUCCCCAGGGUGUUUCCUCUCUGACCUCAGCAGUGCCCCGGCCGCGGGGGAAGCUGGCUGGCCUCCUCCGCACCUUCAUGCGCUCCCGCCCUUCCCGGCAGCGUCUGCGGCAGCGGGGCAUUCUGCGGCAGAGGGUGUUUGGCUGUGACCUGGGAGAACACCUCAGCAACUCAGGCCAGGACGUGCCCCAGGUGCUGCGCUGCUGCUCUGAGUUUAUUGAGGCCCACGGGGUGGUGGAUGGAAUCUAUCGGCUCUCGGGUGUGUCAUCCAACAUCCAGAGGCUACGGCAUGAGUUCGACAGUGAGAGGAUCCCUGAACUGUCUGGCCCCGCCUUCCUACAGGACAUCCACAGCGUGUCCUCCCUCUGCAAGCUCUACUUCCGAGAGCUGCCCAACCCCUUGCUCACUUACCAGCUCUACGGGAAGUUCAGUGAGGCCAUGUCGGUGCCAGGGGAGGAGGAACGCCUGGUGAGGGUUCACGAUGUCAUCCAGCAGUUGCCCCCACCGCACUACCGGACCCUGGAGUACCUGCUGAGGCACUUGGCCCGCAUGGCGAGACACAGUGCCAACACCAGCAUGCACGCCCGCAACCUGGCCAUCGUUUGGGCACCUAACCUGCUACGGUCCAUGGAGCUGGAGUCAGUGGGGCUGGGGGGGGCAGCAGCCUUCCGGGAGGUGCGGGUACAGUCGGUGGUGGUGGAAUUCCUGCUCACCCACGUGGAUGUCCUGUUCAGCGACACCUUCACAUCUGCUGGCCUUGACCCUGCAGGCCGCUGCCUCCUCCCCAGGCCCAAGUCCCUUGCGGGCAGCGGCCCCUCCACUCGCCUGCUAACACUAGAGGAAGCCCAGGCUCGGACCCAGGGUCGGCUGGGGAUACCCACCGAGCCCACAACUUCCAAGGCCCCAACUUCACCUGUGGAAAGGAGGAAAGGGGAGAGAGGCGAGAAACAGCGGAAACCUGGGGGUAGCAGCUGGAAGACCUUCUUUGCACUGGGUCGGGGCCCCAGCAUCCCCCGAAAGAAGCCUCUGCCCUGGCUAGGGGGCACCCGGGCCCGACAGCAGCCUUCAGGUCAGAAGCCGGCAGUGGGUGUGGUGGCUGGAGAGGCACCCUGGAGUGCGCCCAUGACCCUUCAUCCUCUCCUUGCAGGCUGCCGACCUGACACCGUCACACUGAGGUCUGCCAAGAGUGAGGAGUCUCUGUCAUCGCAGGCCAGUGGGGCUGGUCUCCAGCGGCUGCACAGGCUACGGCGACCCCACUCCAGCAGUGAUGCCUUCCCUGUGGGCCCCGCACCUGCUGGCUCCUGCGAGAGCCUGUCGUCAUCCGAGUCCACCGAGUCCUCCUCUGAGUCGUCCUCCUCUUCUUCCUCCGAGUCCUCCACAGCUGGGCUGGGAGCACUCUCUGGCUCCCCUUCACACCGAACCUCGGCCUGGCUAGACGACGGUGACGAGCUGGACUUUAGCCCACCCCGCUGCCUGGAGGGGCUCCGGGGGCUUGACUUUGAUCCCCUUACCUUUCGCUGCAGCAGCCCCACCCCCGGGGACCCGGCACCUCCCGCCAGCCCGGCCCCCCCAGCCCCUGCCUCUUCCUUUCCACCCAGGGCGACCCCCCAGGCCCUCUCGCCCCGAGGCCCCACCAGCCCUGCCUCACCUGCUGCCCUGGACAUCUCGGAGCCCCUGUCUGUGUCGGUGCCACCCGCUGUCCUGGAGCUGCUGGGGGCUGGAGGAACACCUGCCUCAGCCACCCCAACACCAGCCCUCAGCUCCAGCCCGGGCCUGCGCCCCCACCUCAUCCCUUUGCUGCUGCGUGGAGCUGAGGCCCAGCUGAGUGACACCUGCCAACAAGAGAUCUGCAGCAAGUUGGCAUUGCCUGGUCCCCGGGGAGCCCAAGGCCAGCAUGGUGCUGGUAUGGAUUCACCGCUGCUGCCCCCACCCCUGUCCCUCCUGCGCCCCGGGGGGGCCCCACCCCCGCCUCCCAAAAAUCCAGCACGCCUCAUGGCCCUGGCCCUGGCUGAGCGGGCUCAGCAGGUGGCCCAGAGACAGAGCCAGCAGGAGCAGGGGAGCACCCCAUCUGCUCCUCAGUCCCCUUUCCGCCGUUCCCUGUCCCUGGAGGUGGGCGGUGAGCCCCCAGGGACCUCAGGGAGUGGGCCACCCCCCCACCCCCUAGCCCACCCAGGCAGCUGGGUUCCAGGACCCCAGCCCUCCUUACCAAGGCAACAAAGUGAUGGGAGCCUGGUGAGGAGCCAGCGGCCCACAGGGACCUCCAGGAGGGCACCCCGAGGCCCUGCCCAGGUCAGUUGCCAGGUCAGGAUGGGUGGGGGGCGCAGGGCUGUGCCAGAGAUGGCAGCCCAGCUCCUGUGUUCUGUCCCCCAGCAGGUUCCCACCCCUGGCUUCUUCUCAGCCCCCCGGGAGUGCCUGCCACCCUUCCUCGGGGUCCCCAAACCAGGCUUGUACCCCCUCGGCUCCCCAUCCUUCCAGCCCAGCUCCCCAGCCCCAGUCUGGAGGAGCCCCCUGGUUCCUCCUGGACCACUGGACAGAGGAGAGAACCUGUACUAUGAGAUCGAGGCGGGUGAGGGGUCCCCCUACUCUGGCCCCACUCGGUCCUGGAGUCCCUUGCGCUCCAUGCCCCCAGACAGGCUCAAUGCCUCCUACGGCAUGCUUGGCCAAUCCCCACCACUCCACAGGUCCCCCGACUUCCUGCUCAGUUACCCACCACCCCCCUCCUGUUUUCCCCAUGACCACCUUGGCUACUCAGCCCCCCAGCACUCGGCCCGGCGCCCCACCCGACCUGAACCCCUCUAUGUCAACCUAGCCCUCGGGCCCAGGGGCCCCUCACCCGCUUCUUCCAGCUCCUCCUCCCCUCCUGCCCACCCCCGCAGUCGCUCUGAUCCUGGCCCCCCAGCCCCCCGCCUCCCCCAAAAGCAGCGGGCCCCCUGGGGCCACCACACCCCUCACAGGGUGCCUGGGCCCUGGGGCCCUCCAGACCCUCUCCCCUACAGGGCAGCCCCACCAGCCUAUGGGAGGGGGGGUGAGCACCACCGAGGGUCCCUGUACAGAAGUGGGGGGCAAGGGAGGGAGGGGGCUGGUCCCCCACCCCCCUACCCUACUCCCAGCUGGUCCUUCCACCCUGAGAGCCAGACCCGAAGCUACUGCUGA